AUGAAGUUUUGUGCCAUUCUCAUCACCGUCGGAUUCGGUUUCGACCGGAGAUCCAACGACUUCAAGGUGCUGAGGAUUUCUAACAUUGUGCGCAAUAAUCGCAAUUAUUUGUGCUACGAUAUUAGAACCGAAAUCGGGAAGAAGACGACCAAUCGCCAGGUGGAAGUGUACAGCCUGAGCACUCGGAGAUGGAGACUGAUUGACGUCAGCGUGCCGUUUGAUGAACUUUGCAUACGCCGGCCGUUGGAUGACCUAUUAAAUUUUCCGACCACCGCUUCAGAUGGGUUUUUCUUCUGGUGGGUGGUGCCCACUAAACAUCAUGGCCGAGUGUUAAAUGGGUCCGUUGCUAUAAUGGGUUUUCGCUCAACAAAGCGAAAGCGUAUGCAGAGGGAGAAAAGCAAUGCAUCUUUCGUUAUAUGGGUUUUGUUUGAAUUUGGUGUGAAGGAGUCUUGGACGAAACUCGUGAAUAUUUCAGUUCUCCUAGACCACCCAAAAAGGCCAUUGGGGUUUUGGAGAAAUGGGUUGAUCUUGGAGAAAGAGAAAGAGAAAGAGAAAGAGAAGGAGAAGGGGCAUUUGGUGUUGUACGAUAUACUAACCCAUACAAAGAAGGAUGUUCUUCAAAUUCAUGGGAAUAAAAGAUUGUUGCAAGUUUUUCCCUAUACAUGUUUGGUUUGA